AAACGAUUUCAGUUUCUGAACAAUGAAGUAAAUUUAAGGAAAAUUUCAUUCCCUAAAAUUAUCAGGUUUUGGGAUUACAUGCCGACAGACACAGAAUCUAGAUAUUGCCCUGAGAACAAGCCGAUUGAAGUAAAAGCAACAAUUUGUAAACAAACUGACAACAACGUAAAUAAAAAGGAAUAUUACAAGAAAAAAUUAACAGAAAUGGUUGUUCCCAACACAAAUCCUUUGGAAACUAAAUUAUUUAAGCUUAUGUCCGAUAAAGACAAAUUAGAAGCACAAAUAAAUACUUAUGGUGUAAUAUUGGCCCAAAAUGAUAAUGUUGGCAUGACGGGACCAUUAGUAGAUGCCGAAGGAUUUCCUCGCAAUGAUAUUGAUGUCUAUCAAGUGCGACAGGCUAGACAACAAAUCAUUUGUCUUCAAAACGAUCAUAAAGCUUUGAUGAAAGAAAUCGAACAAUUAAUGCAUGAAUUACAUGCUGAAGCCAAACAAGCCCAGACUUCACAGCAAUUGUCUCAUAAGGCUGCUGGCAUGAAUUUAAAUGACAGCUCUCCAGAUGAUAGUGAAAUGACAGAGGCAUUGCCUCUAAAGCCGAUUUUAAAAGUAAAAAAUGUUGCGCCAGGUUCUCCGGCCGAAGAAGCUGGAUUACGCAUUAAUGAUGAAAUCUGUGAAUUUGGUUCAGCAAAUGCUAAUAAUUUCAACAAGAAGCUGGAAACUAUUGCCAAUAUUGUAAAACAUAUGAGUGAUCGUCGUGUUCCCUUAAAGGUACUGCGUAAUAAUGAACUGUUAGAUUUAAUAUUAAUACCACAUACUUGGUCUGGUCCUGGUUUGUUGGGUUGUAAUAUUGUUCUUGCCGAAAAUUAAAAUACAUACAGAAAUAUUUAU